AGACGGACAGGUACAGAUAUAUGUAGAAAAUGUAAAAAAAAAAGAAAAAGACAAGAAAAAAUAAUAUAACAAAACUUAAACAAAAUAAAAAGACCCGACCAACCCUGGCCCCCGCAUAACCGUUUAGGACAAACCUUUCACAUUUUUUUUCAUAUCAUAUCAUACAUUCACCUGUCAGGACAGUCCACACAACUUCCUUCCUUCCUUACUUGCCGUUCAAGUCUGUAAUAUUAAUGUAUUUAUUCGAUAACACGCCAAGAGUGUGUAGCAAGGAGGGAUUCAGAAAAAACAGCCACUUCAUCUUCACGCCAUCAUCGUUAUUGUAACGACAUUUCUCCACGACUUACGCAAAAAUAUAACAGAAAGUGAAACAGUAAAAAUAAAUGCGAACGAAACUUGGGAUUGAUUGUCUGCGUCGGCAACUUAAUGAAUUGAGAGAUAUUUGACAAAGAAGAGAUUAAGUUUGUUGCUGAACAAAGAAACGAGCUGACAUUUCGGACUUGGUUCAUAACUUAAUAUUGUAUACAUGUUAUAGACAGACAAGUCAGUAUCAAGGUAAAACUGAAAGUUUUGGAUAAUUUUAUGAAAUAUAUAUGUAUAUACUCAAACGGUUUUUUAAACAGGGACAGCAUAACUUUUGCAGGCAAGGAAAUAAUUUAUCAAAAACCUGUCUCAAGUAUCUGAACAGCCCUGUUUUUAAUUUUUCGUUCUAUCCUAUCAAAUAUUGAAUAACUAAAAGAUAUAGUCCACUGUGGCGGAAUUUGAACCAAGAACCGUAAACUAAAAGGUCAAAAAAGCAAGAUAUUUCGACGUUGCCAUUCUACCAAUUUUGCCAAGCGACUAAGCUCUAAUCUGCGUAUAUAUCGAAUCGGAUCUACAGAAGGAAAACAGGUAAAAACUAAUUACUAAAGAAAAAAAAGAGAGGUGAGGAAGAGACAGAAGAAAGAAAAAAGAAGAAAAAUAAGUAAAGGAUGGCAUUUCUGAAUUUUCCUUCCGAAAUAUAUACCAACAAUGAGAAAGAAAAAUGUCAAACUUCGAUUUUAGGAAAAGUACAAUAUAUUGAACUUGAUUUUGCAAAUUCUGAGAUUAUUUUGCAUUAGUAUUACAAUAUUUAACUAUUUAUUGACAAAAACACAACAACACCAGCAACAAAAACAGAAAGGAACACGCUCAAUUUUUUUGGUCAGGUUGUGAUAUAAGUCCCAGGGUGUGCUGAACAUUACUAAGUUAACUCAAACUCCAUCCUUUGAUAAAAUCACACAAGCACACAUACAUUACGCCUCAUCAUCCAUACAUACACGUAUCUCCUACGUUUAAAUAGCAACUUUUUGGAGGUUCGGACUGAAGCGAAUCAACUAAAGAAAAAGUAUAAUAAAAAUCAAAGAACAUUUUCGAAAUUAAUAUCAGGUGGAUCUCGUUAAUUAAGGAUGGAUUUCAAUACGCACUACGCUCAGUUACCAACGGAUUAUGGACAAUAUCUUCCUACCUACUUUCCCUCCACCGCUCUCAUGCACUAUGCCCUCUAUUUCGUAUUUACAAUCGGAAUCACAGAGUCCCGAGCAGAUUUUACUGGAAACUAUACUUCACCAACCAAUCAGUUUUAUCAAGGCGAAGAGUUGCCAUUUUCAAAAUUUCCGGAUUCUUUUAGUUCGACUGAACCAGGUUUAGAUGAAAAGAAGCAUUUAAGUUUCGUCUCGAAUAUCUUUCAUACAGCUACUUCUCUUAGUCAAACGACUGUUAAACCUAACGAUGUACAUCGGUUUGUAACGACGCCAAGUUCGUUGUCGCUUGCAACUAUUGCACAUCCUCUGCUGGAAAUUACUUCGGCAAAUGUUGUAGACGAAGCACGGCAAGCAUUGAAAAUAGCGGCUCCAGUUAAGAACGAUUCGAGAAUCUUUACAUCCACUGAUCACGAAGCGACAAUUGUGAAAAAUGUUACUUCAGACAAAUCACAUUUGGAAGUAAAUACUCCAGUUAUUAUGCAGGGAGCAGAACAUUUUGUAGCUACAAUGAACCCCACAGUUCGCAGUGAAUCGUUGCAUGAAGAAAAGAAGCAAAAUAACCAAACGAAUGAUGAUUCACAGCAAGAAUUUUCAUUGAAAACUUAUUUAGAAGACAAUGAUAAUUCGUUUGGUGUCUCUCCAGAAACAGUGAAAUUGAAUCUAAAAGAGAGUGAUUCGUUAGUGGGCUAUGCUGAAUACCAGACGACAGCGAUCAACCCGCAGAUAACUUCAGUGCCGCAGACGAUAGCAUCAAAAACAACAAUGAUUUCACGGGUGAUUCCGACAACUUCCAAAAGGGUUCCAACAAAAGAAGCAGCCAUUCUCAAUAACGCAAAUCUUGUCGCUGAAACGGAAACAUCAGCCAUACCACCAUCAUUAUCAACAACUUUCUCAGGGAUUCAUCCAACAACAAAUACAAAAUUGCCAACGAAUAAACCAAAUGAUGUUUCCUUAGAUUUUAGCACUAAACCUAAUUCAUCUAUAGUUCCUACGACUACGGUAGUUCAGUCGACAGUUGCUCAGGCCACAGCUAAUGCCGCUGCAGCUACCCAGGCUGCGACAACUCAGUCAACGACCACGCAAUCUUCGGCUGCCCAGUCCGUGACCACCAAAUCCACAGACUCUCAAACUCUAGUGCCAAAGUCUACAACUACACAAUCUACGAUUACUCAGAGUACUGACUCUAAGUCAACAGUCACUCGUUCUUCUGCUGAGCCUUCUACAGAGACUCAGUCUACAAUGAGUUCAUCUGUAACUACUCAAUCUACACACACUCAGUCUACAGCCACUCAGUCAGUCUCCGAAUCAUUUACAACUAUUUCGUCUGCAGAUAAGCAAUACACAACCAAUCAGCAUAUAACAUCUGAUAUUAUAGUCCCUCACUCUGAGAGCAAAGCGGCUUCUGUCAUUCCAGUUACAACUAAUCAGCAUACAGCUUCCCAGUCACCAACUGAACUGACAACCCCUUCUCAGUUUACAACUGAGACAACUACAGUUAAACCGACAACAACACGGACGGACACGUUUGAACUACCUACAGCUAGCUCAACUACAGCUACGUUGACCACAAACAAACUGCCUGGAGCUGAAACAGUUAUAGCUGACACAACCACAACUGAAGCGACUACACUUGAGCCGACUACAUCGGCGACAACUACAGCCAGGCUGACUACAGCGGAGACCACAACAGUUGAGCCGGCUAUGACUCAGAGAAGUACUACCGAAGCAACUACGGCGAGAACAACUCCAGUUGAGACGUCUACACUUGAGGCCACAACAACUGAGCCGACUACAGUUCAGUCAACUACAACUGGGACAACUACAGUUGAGUCGACAACGGAUGUGCCAACUACAGCUCAAACAAGCACAGUUGAGGCAACCACUGCUGGAACAACAGUUGAGCCCACAACAACUAGGAUAACAACAAAUAAGCCGACUACAGUUGAGUCGACUAUAAAUGAGCUAACUACAGUUGAGCCGACUACAGCUAGGACAACUACAGUUGAGCCGACUACAGUUGAGCUAACUACAGGUAAGCCGACUACAGCUAGGAUAACUACAGUUGAGCCGACUACAGCUAGGACAACUACAGUUGAGCCGACUACAGUUGAGCUAACUACAGGUGAGCCGACUACAACUAGGACAACUACAGUUGAGCCUACUACAGUUGAGCUAACUACAGUUGAGCCGACUAUAAUUGAGCUAACUACAGGUGAGCCGACUACAGCUAGGACAACUACGGUUGAGCUGACUACAGUUGAGCCGACUACAGUUGAGCUAACUACAGUUGAGUCGACUACAGUUCAGUCAACUAGAGUUAAACCGACUACAUCUCGGAUAGACACAGUCGAAAAAACUACAACUGAGACAACUGAACCGCGUACAGUUGAGACGACUACACCUGAGACAACAACAAUUGACCUGAUAAAAGUUGAAUCAACUACAGUUGAGCCGACCACAGUCGAACCGGCUACCGUUGAGCCGACUACAGCUCGGAGAAUCACAGCUGAAGCAACUACAACUCCGACAUCUACAGUGGAGAAAACUACAGUUGAGCCGACUACAGUUGAGGCAACUAUAACUGGGACAACAGUUGAGCUGACUACAGUUGAGACAACAACAAAUGAGCCGACUACAGUUGAUCUGACUAUAGUUGAGCUGACUACAGUUGAGCCGACUACAGUUGAGCCGACUACAGUUGAGCCGACUACAGUUGAACCGACUACAGUUGAGCUGACUACAGUUGAGUCAACACAUGAGCCGACUACAAUUGAACCAACUACAGUUGACUUGACUGCAGCUGGAACAGCUACUGUUGAGCUGACUACGGUUGGGGAAACUACAGCUGCUCAGUCUAGCACUGAGCAGCCUACAGACGUUCCGUCAGUGGGGCCAACUAGUGACCUUCAGUCAACUACUGAAUCACAUAAUGUUACAUUACCAGUUCACUCCAUCCAGUCAACAGUCGAGCAGUUUACAAAUACACAGUCUACAAGUGAAGAACCUACAUCUACUUCAAGAGCACCUGAGUCCACUCUUUUCAAUGGGGAAUUGUCAUCGUUGUCGUCAUCAUCAACACCAUCAUCAACAUCUUCAUCAUCAUCGUCGUCUCAGUAUAUAACUGAAUCAUUCACAAAUGAAAUUACUACACCAGUACAGGCUACGUCUGAGUCGUCCACAGUCAUUCCUAGUACAGAUGAACCCUCUACUCCCGCAGCACACACAUUCGGGUUAUUUUCAACCGACUUAGAAACUACAUCCUUUUCAACUUCCCAGGCUACAACGACUCAGUUCUUAGAGGAAACGCCUAUUACACAAGCAACUGACUUCACAUUUGAGUCUUCAAAAACAUUUCAAGAUACAACUGAGACUGCAACAGAAACAAAAGGUACAACUGAGUUCUCGAAAGUAACCGAAGGCUCACCAGAAUCCUCAACUCUCCCCCAAAACACAUUUGAUUUCUCGACAGUCAACCAGAGCACCGUUGAUGCCUCAGCAGCUACACAGAGCAUUACUGAAACCUCAACACUCAACCUAGACAUAACAAAUUUUUCAACAGCCACUCGGGACACUGGUGAGUCAUUUAUAACAACUCAGAGUGCCACUGUAGCAUCAACAGGCGAAUCAGUCGGUCUAACGGUAAAUGAAUCAUCAACGUUAUCUCAAGCUACAUCGGACACAUUACUUUCAAGUUUUUCUUCAACUGUUCAGGUACCUUUGAGCUCACAAACUGCUGUAGCCAGCUCAGCUACAUCCGAGUCUGCAUCCGCCUCGAUCACACCGGAAUUUCCUACUAACUCAACCACAUACGAGCCUUCAUACAUUUCGACCACAUCUGAGCCAUCUACAAUCACCCCGAUCAGCCACCAAUCUCCACCCGUUACAAUUACAUCCGGGUCAUCGUCCACAAACGAAGCAACAACAGAAACUUCAGUCUUCCCUGUAAUAUUUGAGUCUUCAACCACCCCGGGUACAAGUGAAUCUUCAGCGACUUCGAACACAACCGUACCUUCAACAGAUUCAGUAAUAACUCAGACCGCAACCACUCUGCUCACAAAUGAACCUCCAACAACCCCACCCACAACCGAACCUCCAACAACCCCAGCCACAACCGAACCUCCAACAACCUCGCCCACAACCGAACCUCCAGCAACCUCGCCCAUAAUCGAACUUCCAACAAUCCCAUCCACAACCGAAUCUACAACCCCAGCCACAACUGAGCCUUCAAUAACCCCGCUCAUGUCCGAAGCUACAACAAUCCUUCCCACAACCGAACCUACAACUCCGCCCACAACCGAACUCCCAACAACCUCACUCAUAACCGAACCCCCAGCAAUCCCGUCCACAACCGAACCUUCAGCAACCCCGUCCACAACUGAGCCUCCAACAACUCUUCCCACAACCGAACCUCCACCAACCCCAUCUACAACCGAACCCUCAACUCCGCCCACAACCGAACCUCUAACAACCUUUCCUGCAACCCAACCUCCAACGACCCCGCCCACAACCGAACCUCCGACGACCCCGCUCACAACCGAACCUCCAAUAACCUUUCCUGCAACCGAACCUCAGACGACCCCGCCCACAACCGAACCUCCAACAACUCCGCUAACAACCGAACAUUCAACAACUCUCCCUGCAACCGAACCGUCGACCACCUCGCCCACAACCGAACCGCCGAUAACCUUUCCUGCAACCGAACUUCCAACAACCCCACCCACAACCGAAUCUCCAACAACCUCGCCUACGGUUGAAUCUACAAACACUCCCUCUACAACCGAACCUACAACAUCGCGGUCCCAGCUUCCUACAUCAUCUACGACAAAUAAUGAAACGGUGACCGAGACAAGUACUGAAGGUUUGACAACGGCCACAAGCAGCACUACGCAUACUUUGACAACCAAGUCAAAGCCCCACAACAUAAAUGAUACAGAAACAGGAAGCACACCGAUUACUCCCUCAUCCACACUGGGUUCCACUGAACGUAGUACAAUAGACACUAGUGAAGCAAGUACUUCUGCAGCGACAACAACAACAACAACAGCAACUACAACAGCCACUACUACUGAAAAGGUUGCUACUGCUACUACUUCUACUACUACUCCUACUACUACAAAAAAUGAUGCUACUACAAGUAGUAGUUUCUCUACAGAAAUUCCAUGGAAAAGCACUCCUGAAGCAGAAAUACAAGGAGGACCACUGACGAUUAAUGGAAGAUUUACUAUAAUAAAAGGUGCCGUUUGGUCGAAAGAACUUGCAGACACGAAUUCUACAGAAUAUUUCGAGUUGCAGAAACAACUAGAUACAUUGCUUUCGGAUCUUUGGAAGAAGAACCCCUUCGCAGUGUUUGUACGUAUAGGAAGUAUGACAUUCAGGCAAGGAAGCGUGGUGGUCUACUACGAAGCUUCUUUCGUGCUUACAAAGGGAACGGAGAUCAAUUCCACGAUGGUCAACCAGUUCUUUGACAGUCAGUUGGAGCCGACCUAUUACUUGGGUCCUUUUGAAUUAAAUAAAACUUCCAUCUAUCAUUCAAUUCCCGUGGCUACACUUGCACAAACCACUGAACCUCUUCCAAACUGGGGUAUCGCCAUCAUCGUAUGUGGAUGCGUAGUUUUAUUUUUCAUAGUCUUCAUGGUUUGCGUUUUGUGGUCAAGGCGACACAUCAGGCAGAAAUUUUGUAUCCCGGAAGAUCCAGAAGAAAUGGGAUAUAGACGCAACUGGUUGUCGGCGCCGCCCUACACACCGGAGGCCAUGUUCGUCUAUGAAAACAAGGGUACGGUGUUCGACAGUGGCGAAAGAUACGGCGUUAGUGGGGCAGAAGCCACAGAAAAACACAGAGAGCCCAGUGCACAGCUCAGCGACUAUAAUAACUCCAACGGUGUUGAUUUCAACACAUUUGAUGAUGGCCAUUCGUCUGCAACACUUGUUAAGUCGCCACAAAGAACAACAACAUUGUGAAUGGAAGAUGAAAACACAACUCAGACGCAUCUCUGAAAAUGAAUCAGAGACGAUGAAUAUAGCAAGAAGAAAGUUCCAAGUGUAAUUUAUCAAGUGAUCCUGUUUUGAGGAUUCAAAGUGCAAGACUGUAAACUGUAAAUAUCAAAAUGGAAACAUCACACUUGCACAGCUGACUGCUGCUGCUGCUACUACUACAACAACAACUACUACUACUACUACUACUACUACUACAAUAUAAAAUAGCCUUCACGAAAACCAGGCAAAAA